AUGGAAGGAAGAUCAGUUUUUAUUGUUGCAGCUAAGAGAACACCUAUUGGUUCUAUCGGAGGAAAAUUAGCAGCUCUUAGAGGACCAGAGCUUGCUGCAGCUGCUAUUAAAGGCGCCUUAUAAUCUAUUAACUUAGAUCCUAAGCAAGUUGAAGAAGUUAUCUUGGGUAAUGUUUGCAGUGCUGGUGUUGGGUAAAACCCCGCUAGAUAAGCCGCUCUUGCUGCUGGUUUACCAAUUGGAGUUAAUUGUUAUAGCGUCAAUAAAGUUUGUGCCAGUGGUAUGAAAAGUGUCAUGCAAGCUAGUCAAACUAUUCAAUUAGGAUAGGCUGAUGUUAUUAUCUGCGGUGGUUUUGAGUCUAUGAGCAACGUUCCUUUCUACGUUACUAAUCAUAGAAAGGGUCAACUCUUUGGAAACUAAACAUUAGUUGAUGGUGCUGCUUUUGAUGGAUUAACUAAUUUCUAUGACAAUAAGGCUAUGGGUUUUUGCGCUGAAAAGACUGCUGCUGACUUAAAAAUAGACAGAAAGCAAAAUGAUGAAUAUUGUGUUGAAUCUUAUGAAAGAGUCUUAAAGGCUUUAAAGACUCCUGAAUUCAAAAAUGAUAUAGUCCCUGUUACUGUUUAAAAUAAAAUUGUUGAUGCUGAUGAAGAACCUUUAAGAUACAAUAAAGCUAAGAUUCCUUAAUUAAAACCAGCUUUUACUCCAAAUGGUGUCAACACAGCUGCUAACUCUUCUAAAUUAAAUGACGGUGCAUGCAUUUUAAUCUUAAUGAGUGAAUAAAAAGUAAAGGAAUUGUAGAUUAAACCUUUAGCUAAGGUUUUAAGUUAUGCUGAUGCUGAAGUAGAACCAGUAGAUUUUUGUAUAGCCCCUUCUGUCUCUGGUGAAAAGGCACUAAAAAGAGCUAAUUUGACCUUAAAUCAAGUAGAUUUGUUUGAAUUCAACGAAGCAUUCUCAGUUACAGCUAUUGCCAACAUGAAAAUAUUGAAUGUUCCUCAUGAUAAAGUUAAUGUUAAUGGAGGUGCUGUUUCUCUAGGUCAUCCUAUUGGGUAAAUUUCAUUAAAAUUAAAUAUAUUCUUAUUUUUUUAAAAUUAAUUAGUAUGUCAGGUGCUAGAAUAAUUUAAAACUUAAUUACUGUUCUUCGUCAAAGAAAUGGAAAAAUUGGUAUGGCUGGUAUCUGCAACGGAGGUGGUGGUGGUUCCUCCUUUAUUCUUUAGCUUGUAUGAAAAUAUUAUCUAAAGAUAUUAAAAUUGUAUUUUUUAUAUGCUUAAAUUAUAUUUCGUAUUAAUUUUAACAAUUCAGUAAAUUUUUUAUUAAAUAAAUUUGAGUCAAGUUUAAAUUCUGUUUUUUUAUUAACUAAAAUAUUUUAAAAUUGAAAAUCAAAAUAAAAUUAUCUAAAUUUUGAUUUGGGGUUAAAGUAAAAUAAAUAGAGGAAAUACUAAAUUAAUUAAUUGUAUUUGGCUAAUUUAUGUUUUUAGUAAAUAAUUAAAAUGA